UUAAGUAUACAGUAUGUGCUAGCCAUUUCUUGGGGGUGUUAUGCAUAGUGAUCCAAAAUUCUCAAUGUUCUGCUAAAGGACCUUAUACCAGGAAAUUAAAUGAGCUUGCAGUCAUGGGAUCAAAGAAAGAAUCUUUAAAUUCCUUAGGCCUGUCCUGUUAUUGCAGACUCCACCUUGAAACGUCAUCUUGGUAUGAUUACAAUAAAUGGUGUAAUACACCGAUGUGGUUGCACCAUUCUGUUACAAUAAUUAGACCAUACGACAUUAUGUCAUAACAUAAUAACGUCAUUUUGAAGAAGGUUAAUACUGUGGGUAUCAUAUGCCAUAGGAUUGGGUUUUCCGAUCGAUCCAUACUGUCAUACAUUCUAGAUUUUAGCUUAUAUCACUCUAGUGUAAACCACAAAAAUAAUCUAUUUGUGAGAUGGAAGGAGUUAUAAACGACGCAGAAAUAUCGCCCAUUAUUGAGGACGAAGUAAUUCAAGCAAACCAAAGUUACAUGACGAACGCAGCUGUGAAUAUGGCGAGUGAUCAGAGUCCUAUAACGUUGACAUUCAAUAAUUUACAAGUUUUUAUCGACAAUCGAAAGAUUCUGGACAAUAUUAGUGGAUCGGUCAAGCCAGGAGAAGUUUUAGCUGUGAUGGGACCAAGCGGUUCUGGAAAAACAACCUUGCUAAACUUUCUCGCUGGUCGCAAAGUAGGUGACACAAAAUCUGGCGAGGUCUUGCUAAAUGGCCGUCAUGUGAAUAAGAAACUGAGAAGAAAAAUAUGUUAUGUUUUACAAGAAGAUCUAUUCUUUGAAAAUUUGACAUUAAAAGAAACCUUGACUUAUUCAGCGUUACUAAGAUUACCAGAUAAAAUGCCAAAAGCAGAGAAAAUAAAGAAGGUUGAUGAAUUAUUGAAAUAUUGGAUCUUACAAAAUGUGCUGACACUAAAAUGGGUAGCUCUCUUAAAAGAGGUCUUUCUGGGGUGA